CGUGGCAGCACUGCGCCGAAGCUCGUUGUAGUUGCUCGAUGCUCGUUUAGUUCCCAUUCCUUGGCUCGCUGAUAGCAAGCUGGAUCGUCGCAAAUCGCCUACCCUCGGGUAUCGUGGUCGGCCGGUUGGCUCUGACAUCAAAACUAGUGACACCAACAUGAAAGUGGGCUUGUUUCACUGACUAAGUGUUCAUGUUCACGAGUGAAUGUCUCAUAUAUGACAUAACUAAAAACACGGCGGCUGGCCUUCACGACAGUGACGUGCACUAAUGGGGGAAUUUAGUUUGAGUGGUAAUACUAACAUCGGUUUAAGUGCAGUGGAAAUAUCGGUGAACCCGCCCAAGACGAGCCAGAACACGAUUUUCUACUCGUCUACCACACCUACGACUGCGAGCAGUAACGGCACCGAGCUGAUAAUCCAGGCGAAGAGUUACAGUGCUAUAAUGCAAGAUGAUUCCGCUGACAAAGCUGUGGCAGCUGUCAGCGGCCCGAAUGGAGAUGACUUGUCAAUUACGGUGUCGUCAGUUGUUGGUUCAGCGAUCACCACGACCGUUACGACGUCAGCUGAUAAAAACGCGACGUCUUCGUUAUCCGCCAAAGAUAACGACGUAUCUUCGAACACCAGCGUUAACGAUAUUUCGGAAAAACUCAACGAACAAGUAGUAUCCGCGCCCAACAAAUCGGUUUCCUCGCUUCCGCCGUUUUUUCAUCCUGCCGAGCCCGCCACUCCAGCUGGAGCCUUAUGGUCGACCGCGAUCGAGGAUGGUUUCGUGCCUAAUUUGGCUGGAGUGAACGGGAUGGGGUUCCAAAAUUUCCCGUCGCCGAAUCAACAACAACAGUUGUUCAGCAACAAUCUCAGCCAAAAUCAAGUUAAUCAAACCCGGCGAGCUAUAACUGCUAGCCACAACUUCCCACCGCAGAUGGGCAGACAGCAGUCGCUAUCAAAUCAUCCCCUAUAUGCUAAAGGUUACGGGUCGUGGAACAAUCCGCCGCCUGGUCCACCCGGUCAAAGUUGGUCUCCAACCGCGAACACUACCGGUAACACAUCUGCCUGGAAUCGAGGAAGAAGUGUACCGAAUUUAACGCCUCUUCAGCAAAUGGGAGUUGGUAUGGCCACCGGUCGCAAGCCAAGUCCCACUUUUAACCAGCAGCAGGUGAUAUCGCCUGUGAAAUUCAGGAGGAGUACUUCUUAUCCGGGGAAAGGGCCGUUUCCGCAACCCCCUACGUUCGAAAUCACCAACAUGGACGAAGCCAGAGAAUUGCUACCUUUUCAGGAUCGUUGUGGUGUUGUGAGUGCAAAUGGUAGUAGCCCUUUAGAAAAUAUGAGGGGUUUCGAACACUAUUUGAAUGACAUUAUGAGUCCACAGUCCAAUUCGACUGAUUUAAAAGGAUUCAUUAAUACAAACGCUUUCCAAUCUUUGCAGUUACACGGCAAAUCAUCGUAUUUUCCGGGACUAGACGAUCAGGCUGGACCUGUAUUGUUAGAAGAACCGACCCAUUUAGUUGAUGGAACUUUAGGCACUCAACCGUUAAGUUCACCUUCGCGAUCUUCACCGCACUCUCAAGGAUCGGAAGGAGGUGAGAGGUUUUCGAGGAAAGUUUUCGUCGGCGGUCUACCUCCCGAUAUAGACGAAGACGAAAUCACGGUCAGCUUUAGAAGAUUCGGACCUCUCGUCGUCGAUUGGCCACAUAAAGCCGAAAGCAAAUCGUAUUUCCCUCCUAAAGGAUACGCUUUUCUUUUGUUUCAGGACGAAAAUUCCGUUCAGAGUCUGAUUGAUGCUUGUAUAACUGACGAGGAUAAAUUAUAUCUAUGCGUAUCAUCACCAACAAUUAAAGAUAAACCGGUACAAAUAAGACCUUGGCGAUUAUCCGAUGCGGAUUUCGUUUUGGACGCCUCGAUGCCAUUGGACCCCAGGAAAACCGUUUUCGUUGGUGGUGUCCCGCGACCCCUUAAGGCUGUUGAAUUAGCGAUGAUUAUGGACAGGCUCUACGGAGGCGUGUGCUAUGCUGGCAUAGACACUGAUCCGGAGCUGAAAUAUCCGAAAGGAGCUGGACGAGUAGCAUUUAGUAAUCAACAAAGUUAUAUAGCAGCCAUUAGUGCUAGGUUUGUGCAAUUGCAACACGGAGAUAUCGAUAAGAGGGUAGAAGUGAAACCCUACGUGUUGGAUGAUCAGAUGUGUGACGAAUGUCAAGGACAACGUUGCGGUGGAAAGUUCGCGCCAUUUUUUUGUGCUAAUGUCACUUGUCUACAGUACUACUGCGAACACUGUUGGGCAACAAUUCAUUCUCGCCCGGGGCGGGAGUUUCAUAAACCAUUGGUGAAGGAGGGUGCAGAUAGGCCAAGGGCUGUGCCAUUCCGCUGGUGUUAACGUAAGGGCAUAUUUUAAAACAGCGGUUGCGUGCCACGCCAGCCCCACUAGCUUAUUACCAUACACUGAUGGCGGCGGUGGCUUGCCGGAAAUUUGCAUAGGCAUAAAUAUUAUCUAGUAGCAAUUAUACAUAUUUAAAAAAAAUAUACAUGUAUAACCAAUUUAUCUCCUGUAAUGAUAGGGCCGGGCGGUAGUCAGACGAUUUCAUCUGCACCAGCAAUCCGGGGCGUUGUUCUAGUUCUCGAAUGUCGUUUGGACGCUUUUUUUAACGGACCGAUCAAAACGCGACCUUUCUAGUAUCCAAGUAGUUCUAAAUUCGAUUCGGUUCACCCCUGAUAAGUAGUAGUGGCACUACUGUACGGGGAGUUCAUUCUAAACGUACCCACUCGUACCAGCGAACAUUAACAAAAUAAAAAUAGCCACUUUCCCAGUGUUCGUCUUUCGGGACUCAGCGUACAAACGUAAUAAAACUGGGAUUGCGAUUUGCGACCCAUCAUCUCGAACGGUUUCCAUCUAAUGGAAAACGGAAAAUGGCUCUUUUUUUCUCGUUAAGGUGUGGUUCGCGAGCUCCAAAACAUGGAGUUUAGAAAUGCGUAUGUCAUAUCUGAAAAACGGUCUCUAGACUUUUAAUUUAAAAACCAAAUGGAUUAACAAAUUCAGAGGAAUAAUAUACAGCAAAAUCUAAAAACUCACUUAGAUUACAUCUCGGGCCUUAAAGCCCCAAUUAGUAUGAUGAGAUUAUAUAUGUUAAAGUGAAAAAAUAUUUUAGUUAGCAUUGUUGAUUUUCAUAGAAUCCAUACCAUCAGUUGGGAAUUUGGCGCUCGUAUAUAUGAAUGUAACCUUAAGCCUGCUUCAUAAUGCAAACUUUCCUGUUCAAUAUUGCCCGGAGCUUUUUCGUGUAACCUAGAAAACCUAUAUUUAUAACCUAUAAAUUAGGGUUCAGGGCGGAAAAUCAGAAGUGUCUUUACGAAAAAUCAAAAAUGUUGCACAGAAAAUGUCUUUCCAAUUUUCAAAAUGGCAGAUAGGAAAGCUUGCGUUUCGAGUCGUUUAAAUGUGACAUUUGCAUACUACCACCCCCUUUAAUGCAUCGUAGCGUGGAAAUAUUUGCACGAUUUUUAAAUUCCAAUCGUAGCAAGUAAUUUGCUUACAAUUUAUUAUUUUUUUAUAUCUUUUUUUGCGAAUAUCGUUCUGAAUUUCGCUUUAAGGCCGCCGCGACCAAAAUGGAAAUCAAACCUGCAAAUGUUUUAUUCGUUCAAGAUAAUUUUUUGAAAUUUCUGCCUUGUUGGUUUUUCAUCUGCGUCGGAAACGCAAAAGUAGCAAAACUAAUCUUAAUAAAUUUAAUUAAAUAUCAGUAGAAAUAAAAAUAAAUAUACUAUAAAAUAAUUUUAUAAAAAAAUAUAUAACCUUAUAACUUCGCGAACGCUAUAUUAAUUAAAUAAUUUAAAAACAUUUUUUUAGAAAGUUACAUUGAAAUACUAAAAGUGGUUUAAUAUCUAGGUACAUUGUUAUUUUUUACAAAAGAGCGCUUUUUUGUCUAUGAUAUUUAGAUUUAUUUAAUACUUAAAAACUGUUGCCUUCAAAAAACUGACGAAAAACAUUGGAAGUUGGUGCAACUAGUAGAAUGUUAGAACGUUAUUUUUUAUUUGGUUAAAAUUUUUAAGUUAAUUUAAGUGUCGAAGGAUAUUGAAUGUUUUUGGUGUAUGUAUGUAUAAGGUCAAAUCAAAUUUCGUUUGCAGUGGAUAGUAGUAGUAGAAUUUACUCAUAAGAUAUUAACCCACGACCAGAUUCUUCAAUUCAUAAUUGGAACAACACACAAAUCUACCAAUUGUGCCUUUUUUUUAAUCUAUUAUUCGAAGUGCUUAUUUUUCGAUACGUGUGUCACUCUAUUCGUAAAAGUUCUCAUAGAUACAGCUUCUGAGGUAAUCUUUCGAUACGAUGCUCUCGAUAUACGUACAGAGGUUAUCUGACCUCGGAGGCAAUAUACAGGGUAUCUCAGGAAUGAUUUUAUAAAACGAUAAUCGUAUACAGGCGACGGAAUUUAGAUGUAUCCAUAUUCUAAAAAAAGAACACCGAUCUAAGAAGCGUCCACUCGCAAAUCGAUAGACGCUGAAACUAACGCGGCAUAGUCAGAAUUUUUUUCAGGGUAUUGUAUAUACUAGUCUAAUGAAAGCGGAUAUACUGUGCAGAAGACCGUUGCGCUUUCAAUCUAGUACCGCCCAGCUCGAGUACCUGAUCGGCAAACUUGCGUUAGAUUUUCUGCUGCCCUGCCAAAUUAUCCAAGCCUCCUUUUACAUUUCUUGACAACAUGGUCUUCAGUCGAUACCGUGUCCUACAAAAUCUACCCUAGCUGUUAUUGCCAAGACUAUUUAUCCCAAUCGGAUGACCGAAUACCUCUGGUGCUUGCCAAAAUAUUCUUUCCGCUAUUAAUUUUUCCUAGGUUAUUUUGCAAAGCGAGUUGGGAAUUUAAAAAUAACCUCUAUUUUUCUACAUCGAUAUAUUAUUUCUUUAAAAUUAUUAAAUUAAAUUAAAAUUAGUCGAAUAAGUAUCCCGAUGCAAGUAGUCGAUGUUCAAAAACCUAUAUCGGGGUGGUUAUGGUUACAAUUUAGAUUAGUUAAUGAGAUCUAAAUGACGCAUUCAAUUGGGCUCUCGAAGUCUUGGUGAUGUUUUAUGGCUUGCCGGAAGUGAUUUUGAAUGGUUAAUUGGUAAAUAGCUCGUCUGCGUAGUAAAAAAAAUUGUAUAGUACAACCAUUUGCCCAGAAAGCCUAAAUAUUGCACUUUUAUGUUUGUUUCGGUAUGCCUUUGUUUGCGACAGGAGUUAAGUUUACGUCGUAGUGUAACUCCGUGCUUGUUUAGGUGUGAGUUAUCGUAAUAUCUUCCAUAUUUAUUGACAUACUUUACAAAUGUUUCCUUUGGCAAAUUUAAAUGUCGUUUGAAACGCGUGUAUUUUUCUAGCGAUUUAUAUGGUUUUGUGUAUCGCGAAAGUGAACUGAAGGCCACGUGUCUUUGUUGUCAGCUUCCGCUUAGUGUCCGCCAUAAUAACUGCUGUCCUGUAAUACCCUUAUUUUCAUGUGUGAUAUCUAAACGUUUUUUAAUGUAUUAAAUCAAUUUUGCACGGAUAUGUAUAGUAUAUAUAAUAGUAUCAGCUAUUCUAAGACUUUGUAUUUUUUAAAUUUGAAUUUUUAUACUAAACUGUUACAAAUGGUGAUUAGUAGAAGUUUUGUGUGCAAUAAAAAUCCAGCCUCGGGUGGCGUUUUUAGAGUUUUAUCUUUUACUAUAAUUCAUAAAUAUAAUGUUUCCUAGGUAAUUAUGUAAAUAGCAGACCAAGUGGCGCAAUUCCAAACUGCACCCUCAACUAGUCAGGGCGGAGUAGUUUAACAAGAAACAAGAUUUUGUGUACGUAGUUUUUAAACAAAAUAGCUUACGAAUUUUGUCAAAAUAACGUUUAUCUCAAUACGCAGUGAGCAACGCUUUUCGUUGGGCGCCCAGCAAAUUUUAUUUUGACAAAUUUUAUUAGACACCGGCUUGAAUUGAAACCAUCUAAACGUGAUACGAACAUGUAUCGAUAUGAUUUGUAACAAUUUACACUCCUUUUUCUACAGUUUGUAUAUUUGCUGAAGCAUGGAAGUAGAUGAGGAAGGAAGACGUGAUGGGUAUUCUGUAGACCAUCAUCAACUAUCCGUUUUACGAGAUUUAGGAUAGUGCCGUCAGAUAAUUUCCACUGAUCGGUGCGCGUGCGUACGUUUCAUAUUUUUAAUAUGUAUAAGCUUCGUAUUUAUUGGAAAAUCUUUAAAGUUUUAUAUUUUUCACUUUUUAUAACUGUUUUAAUGAGAAAAAUAACGCUUUUUCGUUAAUAUUUUUGAAUGAAAAGGACCAGAAUUGCAACAACUUCAAAAUAACGUUGCAAUUAGUAGCCUGUUUCGCCAAUGAAAUUCGUACCGUUUUCUAAGAAAACUUUCCACAAUUUACCGUCGUCACCGAGUAUCUUUAUGUAGUUACUGAUCCCAGAGAUUAAAAUAGAUUAUAUAUUAUUGCUUAUAUAGUAAAUAAUGAUCAAACACUUCUCUAGGUUUUGUGGGGGGUUGAAAAAAAGGUGCAAAUUUCAACAAAUAUUCGUAGUUACCAUAUUUUUAGUGCAAUAUAUCGGGCUGUGUCUUGACUUGGCAUGGUGGCUCGAUCGUAGGGAUAGUCAAUUGUUUCAAAUUCUUAUUGUUGGUCUAUUGGUUAUCUCGGCAUUUUGCCUGUUUCAACCAAUGGCUGUUUGACUAGCACCAAAGUAGAUUUUUAUUCUAAUCGUAUUAUUUUUUUUGUAAUAGCGUAUUUUACAAAAUAUUUAAAUUGUUUUUAUAAUUAUUUUAUACACUUUUAUAUGUUUGUUAGUCGAUUUUGAGGUAAGGUUUGUAAACUUCUCGGGAAGUUCCUCGUUUAAUAUUUUGUUAGAUAUCAGACUUUUUAUGUUUUUUAUAAAUACUAUAUAAAAUGUCAAUUUGUGUUUAUUUGAUAAACUGCUGUUAAACUUCAA